UUCCUCCGGUUUCUUUAUUACGAUCGAGGGUUUCCUUGCGACGGCGCAGUCCCUUCUCCGCAACGAUCUCCUGUGUCGGAAGCGAAGAAGAAGGAGAGAACAGAGGCAGAAAGAUGGCUGAUGGCGAAAACAAUGGGAGCAACAAGGUGAAACUCUUAUCGCGGCUGGCGCAAUGGACGGUCGAGAACCUCUCCUUCAACGACAGUCGCCGCUCGGACGCUUUCAAGAUCGGAAUCUGGAAGUGGUGUUUGAUCGUCGAUAAUGAGGAUACUAAAUUCUCCAUCCGGCUCGUUCCCGAUCCCAAUUGCAUCACCGAGGAUAAACAACCCAUCGCCAAGAUCAUGAUCCAUCUCGACUGCACUGGUUCUAUUGAUAGUCACUAUGUCUCCCCUGUUUAUGAGAAGUUGUUCAAGACUGAAAAAGAGUGUAUUUGGCAUGUGGAACCUGUUUCUCGUUCGAGUGUUAGAAUUGAAGUCAAAUUUCUGAAUUUAAAGAUAUCUAACUCGAAUGAUAUUACAAGCCCUUUAAUAUGGUCGGAUGAUAGCUUGCCUUGGGAUUAUACCAGCAAAAUCACCUUAUGUUCCAUCUCUCGUAUGUUUCAAGAGAGCAUUCAUACUGAUGUUACAAUCGAAACUUUGGAUGGUUCCUUGAAAGCUCACAAAGCCGUGCUUGCUUCAAGUUCGCCGGUGUUCAAGCAGAUCUUUUUGGACGAUCUCGAGGAGAAACAAUCGUCCACAAUAAAAAUAGAGGAUAUGUCAACUGAUGCAUGCUCGGCUCUUCUGGAAUACAUGUACGGGACUAUUAAACAAGACAAUUUCUUGAAGCAUCGCCUUCCGUUGCUGGCCGCUGCAGACAAGUACAAUUUGCAAGACCUUAGAAAGUGCUGCGAGGAAAUGCUUAUGGAAGAUAUUGAUUCGAGUAACGUCUUUGAGAGGCUUCAAGAGGCAUGGAAGUACAAGCUUAACGACUUGGUGGAGGACUGCUUCAUAUACUUGUUUGAUUUCGGGAAGGUGCAUGAUUUGAGAGAAGAGCUAGAUGAUUUCUUUCUCCAUGCCGAUCGAGAACUAUUGCUGGAAUUCUUUAAAGAAUCUGCUGCUGCUACUUGAAGUGUUGAUUGCAGUUGUGGCAGUGUUAAUUGCGAACAGACUAAGAUUUGCUAUUUGCUUACAGACUUGUAUAUAAGAAGAGGUUUGGUCUUUGAACAAAGUAUUUUUUUUUCA